AUGCCGUCAGCCCCAUCGCGAUCGGGCAGCGGCGACAGCACGAAAUCUGCCGGUGGCAGCACAAGAGACCGCGAGCUAUCCGUCAACUUGUACAGUCCCGAGAACGGGCACUGGGCCGCAUAUAUGCGCGCCAAGGGAGCAAAUGAUGGGACUAUUUACCAUGUCCGGAGCGAUGUUCAAAAAGACCAAGACCGUUUUUAUUAUGAUGAGAAACCACAAGUCUUUCAGUCCCCAUCCUUGUAUGGAAGCUCUGUAGUUGGAAGGCUCUCCUCAGGCGAAGCGGCCAGGGUAGAGGCAUCAAUCAGAAGCUACGCCAGCGACGAUAGAAACAUCCCCCGCGUCAGCCAUGGAACCAACUGCCAAAACUUUGUGGGCGGGGCUCUGGGUCGCCUUGAACAAGACGGGCUGGUGAAAACGGGUCAAAGCCAGUACUUCUCACAACAAUACGGCCAGCGUGGUGAGGAUAUCGGAAAAGAUCUGCAACGUACUGGACGCCAUUUUGCCUUGGUCCAAAGAGCUAAGCCUCAGGGAGCCCCAGCUGCAAGAUUUGGCGAGCAAGAAACUAGGCGCCCCCUAGGCAGACUGAACAUGAGUGCCUAUAGUCAUCUCAGCGAAUAA